AUUGUCAGAGAAAGUAUACUACAGGAGAUGGUCAGUGGGAGACUGCAGGUGUAUACUAGAGAUGGUCAGAGACUGCAGACUGGCAGGAACUAGGUAUACAGGAGGUGGUCAGAGACUGAGGUAUACUACAGGAGGUGGUCAGAGACUGCAGGUAUACUACAGGAGAGUGGUCAGAGACUGCAGGUAUACUACAGGAGAUGGUCAGAGACUAGGAGAAGAGACUACAGGAGAUGGUCAGAGACUGCAGGUAUACUACAGGAGAGACUGCAGGUAUACUACAGGAGAAGGUCAGAGACUGCAGGGU